UAUCCUGCUGCUUUUUUAUUGGUAUAAAACAGCUGCUUUUUUAUUGGUAUAAAAAGUAUACUCAUUCAUCAUCUUCAGUGCAAACACUCAAAGUGAAGAGCCUAAUUAGGGUUGCUUCAAAAUUUUCAGGAUAUGGGGCGCCUACUGAUGGACGAAGACAACAUCUAUGCAAACGGGCCCGGUUUGUACCCUGAAGCAGUAUGGGUGUUCUUGGUGAUGAUACCAUUAAUAUUCAAAAAGGGACCUCUUCGAGUUAUAUUGACAUAUUACCGCAUAUCAAGAAUGCGUUUGUUGCUCACUCAAGCUUCUAUUGCCCGCAAGCUCAGAAUGAUGGACUCCAUAGUAAGAAGAAUGGUCAGAUUUAACUACAGAAACAAGUAUUGUCACUCCAAAUUCAAGCAGGUCUGCAGCGGUAGCCCCUGGUCCAAUCAACUUCCGAAAGAUAUUAUGCAAUUGAUUCUGCAACGACUAUGUGUAACAGAUUACCGUCGAUGUGCUGCAGUAUGCCAAUCUUGGCGAGAAAUUAUUAAGAGCAAUGUUCAGUCACCUCGGCAUGAAGUUCCAUGGCUUAUGCUAUGUUCUCAUCCCUUUUCUAACAGAGAUCAUUCCGUCUUAAGUCCAAGUGAUUGGAAAGCUCAUAAAUUUCUACGACCAUCGCCAGAUCCCAUAUUUUAUUGUACAAUGAAUAGAAUGGAUUGCGUUGGGUCGAUUGAAGGAUGGCUGAUCAUGAUGGACAGUGCUUUGCGGCGUUCGGAGGGUUUUAUGAAGCCCAGGUCAUUAUACUUAUUGAAUCCUGAGAACCCUAGGUUUAAAAUUGACUUCUUCUUCUUCAAUCCAAUAUCUGGUGACCGAGUGAUGUUACCGUCGUCCAAAUCCACCCUUCCAUGCCACUGCAGUAAUGGGCCUGGAUUUACCAUUCUGAAAUUAGACGCCUCUUCAGUACCAACAAGAAGGGGGAGCCGGGAGCCCUCUUUUGUGGCAAGUCUCUGCAAAGGCGGUCAUAUAGCUUUUUGUAGGCUAACCGAUAAAUCAUGGACCUCCAUUGAUGAUCUGCGGGUUAACUUUUUUCAAGAUAUAGUCAUAAUGGGCGGGAAAUUAUAUGCCACAACAAGCCAUGCAUCCCAGUUUGUGAAGGUAUUUGACAUAUUCCACGAUGCCAGUGUCAAUGGCGCCCUCCUAGCUCUCCUAGCUAUAGCGUUGCUAACUUGCUUACCCUUGAUCCCUACCCACUUCCGUCCUACCCACUUCCGUCUAUUGAUGUUACGACAUGGUGUGGAAUUACAUCACGAAUAGUACAUCAUUACAAUGGCCGUGAUUUCAUUUACCUAGCAAAAGAUUAUGCAUCUAUGGAGCUGUUUAUGAUUUUUCGUAAGGUAGAUUUUGGCUUUCCAACAUUUUCUCUAUGCGCCAGUUUUAUGAUUGAUGUCAUGGGUGCUAAUUACCACCCUCCACCCACGACUAAAGGAUUUCGAGUGUUCAAACUGGAGCGCGAUAGUAUCAAUGGAGGUUCACGAUGGGUACAGGUUUUUGAUCUUGGUGAUCGGAUAUUGUUUUUGAGCAGGGCUAGCCACAAAGUUCUCUCUACCAACUAUAAUGAUCUCAGUUAUUAUCCCCAUGGUGAGAAGCUUGAAAGAAACUGCAUCUAUUUUGCUUUUGACUAUCCUUAUUCUGCAUCACCGUCAAGCGGACGCGAUUUUGGUGUGUUUUCCUUGUCAAACAAUAGUAUUAGACAUUUCAAUUUUCCCGACAAUUAUUCCGGUGCCCUAUUACAUACUAGAACUGUAUGGUUCACCCCAAAUCGUUGUUAGCUUAGUUAAGUUGCCAGAUGUGCAUUUUUCUUUAGGAAGUUGCUCGCGUUGGAAUUGUUAAUUUACUUUUGCUGUUGCUUAGUCAUCUAUUUUCGUCCAGAUUGUAUCAGAGAUGCAUAGCUUUAUCAGGAAUAAUAUGUUGGUUAGGACAGUUUCUCAAUACA